CGACUUCAGUCUGAGGCUGUUGAUCGCCGCUGGCGGACGUUACCCACCUCCCGAUUCAAAACCGAUCCGAACCGAUCCGUUCCGUUCCGACGUGCUAUAUAUUUUUUUGCAGUUGUUAAAUGUUUUAAUUGACGCGUAACGGAUGUAAAGCGAACUACGGAUUCCCAACAUGACGGAUAAAGAAAAUGAAAUACAGCCGGCGGCUGAGCCAGCGUCUUCGCCUGCUGCAGCGAUCGCUCCUGCGAGUCCAACGCCUUCGAUUGGAAAGGCCUCCACGCCCAGAGCUUCGGACGCAGAGGACUCUACCCCGAUUUCAGCACCAGUGGAAGACAUCGCCGCAAGUGCUGCCCCCGUGGAAGACCUCACCGCAAGUGCACCUGCACCUGUGGAAAGCCAACCCGCCGCCGAGACCAAUGGCAAGGCACUGGUGGAGGCCAAGAAGCUGCCCGAAAUCUCCGCGGAACCCCCGAAAAAUGGCAAGGAGAUCGAGUCAAAUGGCAAGGAGCUGCAGGAGGCCAAUGACUUCAAGAAUGUGUCCGAGGCUGAGGGUCAGCAGAAGAAACUGCCGUACCCAAAGUCCGUGUUCUUUAUCAUCAGUAACGAGUUCUGCGAGCGUUUCAACUACUACGGCAUGAGAACUGUUCUGGUCCUGUAUCUGAGUCGAGUUCUGGGCUAUUCCGAUGACACUGCCACCGUGGUCUUCCACGUCUUUACCAUGUUCGUGUACUUCCUCUGCGUUUUCGGUGCCAUCCUUUCCGACUCCUGGCUGGGCAAAUUCAAGACGAUCCUGUACUUAUCGAUGGUGUAUAUAUGCGGAUCGGUGCUGCUGACCCUGGGAGCCAUUGGACCACUUAACCUGCCCGUGGAGACGUUCACGAUGCUGGGCCUGGCGCUAAUUGCCCUCGGAUCGGGUGGCAUAAAGCCCUGCGUUGCGGCAUUUGGCGGCGAUCAGUUCAAGGUGCCGGAGCAGGUGAAGCAGAUCACCUCGUUCUUCUCGCUCUUUUACUUCUCGAUCAAUGCCGGUUCGCUGAUCUCCACCACGGUGACCCCGAUCCUGCGCGAGGAUGUGUCCUGCUUCGACGACAUCAACUGCUAUCCGCUGGCCUUCGGAGUGCCAGCCGUACUGAUGGUCGUCUCGGUGGUCGUCUUCGUUCUGGGACGAUCGAUGUACAAGAUGAAGCCGCCGGCGGGUAACAUGGUGGUCCUGGUCAGCAGCACCAUCUGGACGGCCCUGACCACCAAGUGCAAGGAGAAGAAGACCAAUCCCCGGGAGCACUGGCUGGACUAUGCCGAUGCCAAGUACGAUCGCCAGUUGAUCGACGAUGUGAAGGUGCUUAUGCGCGUGCUGUUCCUCUACCUGCCGCUUCCCGUCUUCUGGGCACUGUUCGACCAGCAGGGUUCGCGAUGGACCUUCCAGGCCACCCGGAUGGAUGGAGACAUGGGCUCCUGGGACAUCAAGCCCGACCAGCUGCAGGUGCUCAAUCCCCUGCUCAUCCUGCUCUUCAUCCCCCUGUACGAUGUGGCCUUCUAUCCGGUCCUGAGUCUCGUGGGCAUCCGACGACCACUCCAGAAACUCACCAUGGGCGGCAUCCUGGCCGGCAUUGCAUUCAUUAUCUCCGGCGUGGUGGAGCUCAAUCUGGAGAAAACCUAUCCCGACCUGCCCUACAGCCAGAAUAUCCAGCUGCGCGUCUUCAACACGGAGAACUGUGCCUACACCUUCACAUCCAAUUUGACGGGAGUGGAGAGCGUGGUGGUGCCGGCACUGAAUGCCUACACGAACAAGGACCUCUAUGUAUCCGGCUGGGUGGACCUGCAAUACUCCCUAAAGUCCGCGACAGCGGAAUGCGCGGAUAUCGACAACACCACCGUAACCCUGACUGAGAAUAAGGCCUGGUCGCUGUUCCUGAAUCCCCAGAAUGUCACCAAUAGCCACUACUGGGAGGAAGACUUUGUGGACAAGCCCAGCGAGAGCCAUCCGCUGAUCCGAAACGUGGCCAAUAUUCCACAGAGUCGGACGAUCCGUUGGCAGAGUGUUUCCAAGGGAGAAGUGGCCUACGAGAACUUAGCCGAGAAGACGCUACUCACCCGCGUCAAUUCGGCGGACUACAAUGUCUACGUGGAUGAGACGAACCUUGGGGAGUUCAAUGUCCACACCGGUGGAGUGUACACUCUGCUGAUCAGCACGACGAGCACCGGGGGAUACCAGGCCAAUCUUGUCCAGGUGACGGAUCCCAACUCGAUGAAGAUCCUCUGGCUGGUGCCGCAGUACGUGGUGAUGACCCUCGGGGAGGUGAUGUUCUCGGUCACCGGACUGGAGUUCUCCUACGCCCAGGCACCGCCCAGCAUGAAGAGUGUCCUGCAGGCCUGCUGGCUGCUGACGGUGGCCUUCGGCAACGUCAUCGUGGUCAUCAUUGCCGAGGCGGCACUGUUCGAAUCGCAGGCCAGCGAGUUCUUCCUGUUCGCCGGACUCAUGUUCGCCGACAUGCUGCUCUUCAUGGUGAUGGCCUACUACUACGUGCCCAACGAUCCCAACAAGGUGGAGGAGGCCCAGCCACUGACGGGCGACGACGCCAAGGCCGAGAUCCCGCCCCUCGAGGGCGGAGUGGAGAACAAGGGCAAGGACAUCAGCGAGUAGAUCUCCGAGCCCCGAUCUGAACUCGAUUCGCUCCUGCGUUGUGUAUUAUAUGUAUUUGUAGAUGUGUAUAUGUGAAUCCUUAGUGGCUCUUGUCCAUUCCCAAGCUAAGUGUAAGUGAGUUGUUGCAUAUGUCAAGACAUCCAUCUAGUUAAUCUAAUAAAAGAAAACUAUUGAUAUAA